UAAACAAAGUUUUCACAAAAUUCAAACUCACGAAGAAUCUCCUUUUAUUCCCUCCUUGUUUAACCUCUUUUUAUAAGUUUCAAUCCCUUUAAUUAUUUCUUCUCUAUGAUAAGCAUUUUCAAAGAGUUUAUGAAAAUUAUUUCAUAAAUAUUUUGUAUUACACAUACAUGGCCAAGAUGAUUCUGAGAUCAAACGCCAAACCACCACUUGCCCGGUCGCCGAUUAGGCUUCGCCCCAUUCGUUCUCUUCAAUCCACUGUCAACACCACCACUAAAACCCCACCAGGUUCCUUACCAAACUCCCAGUUGCCUAAACGCAAUUGGGAUAAGAAAGAACCGAAUCUUCGACGGGAGUACCGGACAAUUUCAUGUGAAUUGAGGUCUUUGGCUAAAAUGGUACAUCAAGAAUUUGGAACAAGGGAUUAUGUUGGAUUUGAUGGAGAUGGUUUUAAUGUUAAUAGUAGUUGUUUGUUUGAAAGGGGCAGGUUUUAUGAAGAGUACUCAGCUAGAAGAAAUGAGAUGUUGAAGAGAAAGAAAGGGGAAGAGGAGAAGAAGGCAGUGUAUGAUCUUGGUGUUAAAGUUGAUUCUUCAAAGAAAAGUGGGCCGACGAAGUUUGAGAGCAGGAAGAAAACGGCAGCUGCUGCCACGCCCAUGGCGGAGAGGAGGGAGGCUGCAAUGCAUCGUUAUUCGUUGAGGCGUUGUAGAAACAAGGCCAAGGAGAACGAGAAGCCUCCUCCCUUGCCUCUGUAUGGUGAGAAAUCUUGCAUUUCACAGAGAAAAGUUGGAGUUAGAAAGGUGAGGAAGAAGUGAUUUUGAGCAUGUUUGGCUUAGCUUAAAAGUACUUACAAAAUAGUACACUUUUUAAGCUUAGCCAUAGGAUGGAUAUAUUAUUUGUUGAAACUUCAGUUGUGUGUUUUUGUGCGUAUUCUGUAAUCAAAACAGAUGACGACGUUCAGUUGGUCUUCGAAACCACCAAAA